UCAGCUUUCCAUUCGAAUUUUGAAAUACGUUAACGUUUGUUUCCAUUUUGUUUCACUUCUUUGUCGUAAUAUUCACAACAAAAAAACGAGUUUUCUUCGUGAUUUCUAGAAAUUGUGUAAAGAUUUGUUGUAAACACGAAUAACGGAAUAUAACUGGGGUUGUGCGACAUACUGAAAACUUCAAAGUUUUGUGUGUUUUCGUAUAUAAUUUAUUAAAAACCUUGGUGCACACAUUUAGGAAAUGUCGCGAGACAUCUAUUAUUCCGACAAAUAUUAUGACGAAGAACACGAAUAUAGGCAUGUGGUGUUGCCUAAAGAGAUGGUCAAAUUAGUACCUAAAAACCACUUGAUGUCUGAGCAAGAGUGGCGUAGCAUUGGGGUUCAGCAGAGCCAAGGAUGGGUGCACUACAUGACCCACCAACCUGAACCCCACAUUCUUCUGUUCAGGAGAAAGAAGACGACACCACCAGAAAAGAAGUAAAUCUUAUACGGCGAGGUUGUGAAUGGGGUGUGAAUGUAGUGUAGUAAGAUUAUUCUUACAAACAGCUUGUAACAUACAUGAGAUUAUAUGUGAUAAUUUAGCCAGCAUACUAUGAGACCACAUAAUGUCAUAUACAUAUAUCAGAUUUAGAAAAAAUAGGUACUCUAUACCUUAACUUUUUGGAGUAUAACCGCCAUAAUUAAUAUAUAUCAAACAUAAAUUAAAUGCUUGGUAAUUUCUUU